UGUUAGAUUCAUGAUCUGUGCAUUUGAUAAAUAAACUUGUGAUGUUUCUUUUUGGACUCUUUAUUGUUCUAAUCAUGUAAAGACAAACACACACACACACAGUUUAAGAGACAGUUUGAUUUCACAAUGAAACAACUGAACUCAAUGAAGUCUCCUCUGAGCAAUAAAAUUUCCUCUGGGACCGAGAAAAGUCGUCACGCACAGGCAGAUCAGGACUAUUAUUGGAUGUAUGGAGUCCAGUGGAUUACAGUAAUCCAGAUCUGAACACUGCUGCUCAUGUAGUGCACUGUACAGAUCUGCUGGUCAAGAUGGACACGAGGAUCCUCACUGUGUUUCUGCUGCUGUUCACUCAAGGUUUCAUUGAUGUUUACACACAAGGGGAGUUAGAGAUGCCAUGGCCUUAUGAAGAGGAGGAGGAGGAGAGUGUGAAGGAAGUGACGGAGAAUCAAACACCGCCGGGCUGCAACUGUGACUGUCAGGACAUUCGACCCACCGGAACUCCAGUCUGGACCUCCAUCAGCACCACACCGUCCACACCCAUCAGCCCGUACCAGGACUGCAUGCCGGAGUGUCCCUACCACAAACCGCUGGGAUUCGAGGCCGGGUCGGUGUUGGCGGAGCAGCUCACCUGUUCAAACCAGGACCAGUACAUAGGCUGGUUUUCCUCCUGGACCCCGAAUAAAGCCAGACUCAACAGUCAGGGGUUUGGCUGUGCCUGGCUGUCCAAGCUCCAGGACACGAGUCAGUGGCUUCAGAUCGACCUCCAGGAGACGAAGGUGGUCUCGGGUAUCAUGACUCAAGGUCGCUGUGAUGCUGACGAAUGGACCACCAAGUACAGCCUGCAGUACCGAACCCACAACAGCCUCAACUGGAUCUAUUACAAAGACCAGACCGGCAAUAACAGGGUGUUCUAUGGAAACACGGACCGAUCCUCCACGGUCCAGAACCUGCUGCGUCCACCCAUCGUGACGCGGUACCUCCGGAUCCUUCCUCUGGGAUGGCACACACGCAUCGCCAUACGCCUGGAGCUGCUCAUGUGCAUGAACAAGUGUGUUUGAUUCAUGAGCAACAUGGGUUUACAACAGCUUCAUGUACCACAAUACUAAAGUCUAAAGUCAAAUACAUUGGAAACUGUUUGAAAUAUUACCUUAUAUUUGUAGCUUCUGUAUUUACAAAAUUAAACAAAUAACCAUUUUUGAUGUAAAACAAGAGGACUCUUACCAAAGACUUAAUGAUCUGAAACUCAGCAAAGUUUGUGAAAGAAGAAUAGUGUUUUUAUUUGUAUUUAUGUAAUGACAACUGAAUAAAUUCCAAAUGAAUUCCUUAA